AUGGCGCGGCGUGGAGGUGUCGAGCUGACUUCCACGCCGGAAGAAGCCGUGGAUCACUUGAGCAGGAGUAUCUAUUCGCCCGACCGUUUCGCUGGCUCACAAAAUGGAGAAGAACGCAAGCCUAUGAUCGACUUGGAUCCUCUCGGUGAGGGUGAGUCGGGUCGGGGCAUCGAUUCUGCGGCGCCAGUCAAAGGCAACCUGAAUGAGUACGAGUCGAUAGCAGCCCCGGCGCCAUUGCCGCCUCCUCCUCCCCCGGCUCCAUUUCCGCAUCGGCUGGCUACGUCUUCACCGUCGUCCCUGGCGUCCUCGGCUUCGCUGUCGUCGUCAUCUUCAUCAUCCCGCUGCCUCGGUAGUUUACGAAUCAGAGUGGAAUCCACCAGGUAUUAUCCUGAAAGCGAAUUUUGUCUAGUCGCUCCGUUUUGUAUCGAUCCUCGCUCGGCAUCCGUGGUUCGCGUGCUGAGAAUAAUGGCCGUAGCCGAGAGGGGGUUUGAGGUCCGGCCGGUUAUUUCUGACGAUCGAGCGUCGAUUCCCUGGCGCGAGGAAACGAGACGUGGAAGAGUCGUGAUUGAAUAUUCAGUUUUGAGGGUCGGGUGGUCGCAGAGAUCCUCUUCGAGACCUUUGAAUAAAGUGCACCCUACGCUUUCCCGCAGUGCGAUAGAAGCGAAAAAUGGAACGGAAACGCAUUCAGAGAGCGAAUCCGGUGGGAGAGACGUACGGAGGACAAAAUCAUUGCCGCCUGAUAGCUUCGACGUCGAACCGAGAGACCCCGGUGCGACGAGUAUUAGCCCCGGAUCUUCCCAUGGAACUGUGAAUAUUCCUGAUCAGCGUGAUUUGUCAACGCCGGUCUGGGUGCCUCGCGGGAACGGACCUGACAAGCCGACUUCGGAAGCCGUUCCGCUUCUGAACGAAACUAAUGUGGAUGAAGACCACGAUGAGUGCGUGAACUCCCGGUGGUUUAGUCGAUACGCAGCGACUCAAAAGCGAAGAAUUCAGACUGCUCGAUGUCAGCGUUGCGCCUUGGUGCUUGAAAGAGCUGCUUGCGAGGGCAGCAAGGCCCGGGCCGUGUCAAUCCAUAAUUCAGUACCGAUCCGGGCAGUUGAACAUACGCGGAAGUGGCGAACUGGGACGCAGCGUUGGGAAUCGCCGCUAUCAUCGCGACCCCGUCCGCGGAUGGAUGAGCCCGUUGAAUUUUUCACCGGUUCUCGCGGUGUCCGCAAGGAAAAUCGAUCCCGUGCGACUCCGAUGGGUGCUUGA